AUGUCUGUUUCAAUGAGAAAUUUGGAUCCAGCCUUUCAAGGGGCUGGACAGAAGGCUGGAACUGAGAUAUGGCGAAUUGAAAAAUUCAAUCCUGUCCCAGUCCCAAAGUCUUCAUAUGGCAAUUUUUUUAUGGGAGAUUCCUAUGUGAUUUUGAAGACCAGUGCUUCGAAAAGCGGUGCCCUUCACCAUGAUAUUCACUAUUGGCUUGGUAAAGAUACUAGUCAAGAUGAAGCCAGCACUGCAGCCAUUAAAACUAUUGAACUAGAUGCAACUCUUGGGGGGCGUGCUGUUCAAUAUCGUGAACCUCAAGGUCAAGAAACUGAGAGGUUCCUUUCUUAUUUUAAGCCCUGUAUAAUACCUCAAGAAGGUGGAGUUGCUUCAGGCUUCAAGCAUGCUGAGGCCGAAGAGCACAAGAUCCGUUUGUUUGUAUGCAAAGGAAAGCAUGUUGUUCAAGUGAAAGAAGUGCCUUUUGUUCGAUCUUCACUCAAUCACGAUGAUAUUUUUAUUCUCAAUACCAAGUCUAAAAUCUUUCAAUUCAAUGGUUCCAACUCUACUAUUCAAGAAAGGGCUAAAGCACUGGAAGUUGUUCAGUACAUUAAAGAUACUUAUCACGAUGGCAAAUGUGAGAUAUCAGCUAUUGAGGAUGGGAAAUUAAUGGCUGAUGCUGAUACUGGAGAAUUUUGGGGUUUGUUUGGUGGCUUUGCUCCUCUUCCUAGGAAAACAGCUAAUAAUGAUACCGAAAGUACUGAUGCUGUUCCUAGUAAGCUUUUCUGGGUUGAGAAGGGACAGAUGCAACCUGUUGAAGCUGAUUCUUUAACAAGGAAGUUGUUAGACACGUACAAAUGCUAUAUUCUUGACUGUGGGUCAGAAGUCUUUGUGUGGACUGGCAGAAAUACUUCUCUUGACCAGAGGAAAAUUGCUAGCGAAGCUGCUGAAGAAUUACUUGAUACCACUGAUAGACCUAAAGCUCGUAUAAUCCGUUUAAUUGAGGGAUUUGAAACAAUUACUUUCCGCUCGAAGUUUGAUUCUUGGCACCAAUCAACAAAUUUGGCUGUAACUGAGGAAGGCAGAGGGAAGGUUGCAGCAAUUCUAAAGCGCCAAGGGCUUAAUGUUAAGGGUCUUUCGAAAGCUGAAUCUCCCAAGGAAGAACUUCAACUAUAUAUAGACUGCUCGGGCAAUUUACAGGUUUGGCGAGUGAAUGGUAAAGGGAAGACUCUUCUUCCAGCUUCCGAUCAGUCCAAGUUUUACAGUGGGGAUUGUUAUAUCUUCCAGUAUUCUUAUCCCGGAGAAGAAGUAGAGGAACAUCUCGUUGGGACAUGGUGGGGGAUGCAAAGUGCUGAGGGAGAUAGAGUCUCAGCAACUUCACUAGCAAGCAAGAUGGUCGAGUCACUAAAAUUCUUACCUACUCAGGCUCGCAUCUAUGAAGGAAAAGAACCAGUCCAGUUCUUUGCCAUAUUUCAGAGCUUUAUUGUCUUUAAGGGUGGUCUCAGUGAAGGGUACAAGCAAUACAUAUCAGAGAAGGAACUUGAAGAUGAUACAUAUAGAGAGGACGGACUUGCACUAUUUCGUGUUCAAGGUAGUGGACCUGAUAACAUGCAAGCAAUUCAAGUUGAACCGGUGGCAUCAUCUUUGAAUUCUUCCUAUUGUUACAUACUCCAUAGUGGCUCCUCUGUGUUUACCUGGUCCGGAAACCUUACAACAUCUGAAGACCAUGAACUUGUCGAGAGGCAGCUGGAUCUUAUAAAGCCCAAUAUACAAUCCAGACUGCAGAAGGAAGGUGCAGAAUCUGAGCAGUUUUGGGAUUUGUUGGGUGGAAAAUCUGAAUACCCAAGCCAGAAAAUCGCAAGAGAUGCCGAAAGUGAUCCUCAUCUAUUCUCAUGCAAUUUCUCAAAGGGAGGUUUGAAGGUGACAGAAAUACACAAUUUCAACCAAGAUGAUCUAAUGACUGAAGAUAUAUUCAUUCUUGACUGUCACUCGGAUAUUUAUGUCUGGGUUGGGCAACAGGUUGAACCCCAGAAUAAGCUGAAUGUUUUGGAUAUUGGAGAGAAAUUUCUGCAGAGUGAUUUUCUAAUGGAGAAAUUAUCUUACCAAGCUCCAAUUUAUAUUGUUAUGGAAGGAAGUGAGCCUACUUUUUUUACUCAUUUUUUCUCUUGGGACUCUUCAAAAUCUUCUAUGCGUGGGAACUCUUUCCAAAGAAAACUUGCUAUUCUUAAGAAUGGAGCAACUGCGCUGUUAAAUAAACCCAGAAGGAGAGUAAUACCAAUCUCAUCUGGAAGGUCUGCUGCACCUGAAAAAUCACAGCGUUCAAGAAGUGUGUCUUUUAGCCCUGACAGAGUUCGUGUGAGGGGAAGGUCUCCAGCGUUCAAUGCUCUGGCAGCUACUUUUGAGAACCCAAAUGCAAGAAACCUUUCGACCCCUCCUCCUAUGGUAAAAAAACUUUAUCCAAAAUCUGCGACCCCAGAUUCAGCAAAUUUGGCCUCUGCCAGAUCAGCGUCAAUAUCAUCACUAAGUGCAACUUUUGAACGACCAGCACCUGCUCGGGAAACCCUUAUACCACGCUCUUUUAAAGUGAGCCCUGAGGUACCCAAAACCAAACCAGAGACUAUCUCUAGGGAGAACUCCACCAGCAAACCUAAACCCGUGACUAUACAAGAAGGUGUAAAAGAGGUCGAAGUUGAAGAGGAAGGACUCACAAUAUACCCAUAUGAACGCCUUACAAUAUCAUCACCAGAUCCAGUCACGGAAAUUGAUGUGACCAAACGAGAGACUUAUUUGUCUUUAAAAGAGUUCAAGGAGAAAUUUGGGAUGGCUAAGACAUCUGGUUCUAUCUCAGUGAAGGCACCAAUUCUCCGAGCCCUAAACUACAGCUAUUUGGAAGUCCAGCUAUUUAUAUGGGAAGAUCAGAUUUUGGCGGUUGAUUUGGAGGGCUUUGGGUUGGGCGAUGGCGGCUUCCUUCGUGGUCGUGGAGAUGAUGGGACCGUCAGGUUCCUUCCAGGUGGUCUUGCGCCGGGAGCCAUCAGUUUGGGUGGCCUUGCGCCGGGAGUUCUUGCUCCGGGAAGCCCUUGGACGUUCAAUUUAGGGAUUUAG